AUGGCUGAGGUGCGAACGACGGGUUGCGAUAAAUCCCGUCAUUCCCCCUUCUGCUCCCCAUCAAUUCCCGCUCUGCUUUUCCAUCAAUUUCCCCUCUGCUCUCUAUUUCCCCCCCUGCUUCCCCCCAUCCCCUUCCCUGCUUCCCCCCAUCCCCUUCCCUGCUUCCCCCCAUCCCCUUCCCUGCUUCCCCCCAUCCCCUUCCCUGCUCCCCCCCAUCCCCUUCCCUGCUUCCCCCCAUCCCCUUUCCUGCUUCCCCCCAUCCCCUUUCCUUCUUCCCCCCAUCCCCUUUCCUGCUUCCCCCCAUCCCCUUUCCUGCUUCCCCCCAUCCCCUCAGCCCUCCUUCCCCCCACCCUCUGCCCUGUUCCACCCUGCCCUCCCCAUCCCUGCCUUUCCCUCCCUGCCCUGCGCUUCCCUUCCCCAUCCCUUCUCAACCCUUCCCUUCCUUUUCAUGCCCUCCCCUUCCCCUUCACACCUCACCCGCCCACUACUGUAGUUCCCAUGCAUGUGCACCCAUCACUGUCUCCCCACAUGCUUUCAUCAUGUGCGCUUGCUUGUGUUCCCUUGCAGUUGUUCCUUUGGCACCUCACACCACCUCCCCCAUGUUCCUUCACACAAUUAUUCCUGCCUACUCCACUCCCUGUAUUUUCAGUGGUGAAGCAGAGGAGCAAGCUGAGGCGCAGCUAA